AUGUCGAGAGGAUUGAUUUUCAUCACCGGUGCCACUGGCUUUGUGGGGAGUGCCACAGCCAUCGAGGCGCUCAAGGCCGGAUAUCGGUUACGAAUCUGCGUUCGAAAGGCUUCAGACACGCUUCAGAUCCUACUUGCAGAAUAUGGUGAUCAACUGGAGUUUGUAACUGUUCCUGACUUCACUGCCGAGGGUGCGUUCGAUGGCCAGCUCGACGGAGUUGACUAUGUGCUCCAUAUCGCAUCACCUUUCCCCCAGGGCAUGAACAAGACCUUCUACUUUCCUCCAGCGGUGCAAGGAACCCUUGCUGUGUUGAAAGAGGCAGCCAAGGUGCUCAGUGUUAAGAAAGUGGUCGUCACAUCAUCCCUGGCAGCUCUGAUUCCAGUCAAGGGAAUCCCCGAGGGCGGAGUGAUCAGAGAGGACAAUGACUGGGACUUUUCUGUGGAUGAAGAGGCAGAUUUCACCGAUCCCAACAACCCCGACAGAGGCCCGAUGAAACUGUACCAUGCAUCGAAGCUUCUUGCCAACGCCGCAACAUGGGACUUCUGGCAGACCUCCAAGCCACAUUACUCACUGGUGGUGAUCCAUCCAGCAUCAGUGCAUGGAUACAAUCCAGUGCAAACGUCUGCCGAGGGAAUCAAAACAUCAACCAACAACUUCUUAUGGAAGCCGAUUAUGGAAGGGGCCCCGGCCACUUUGCUAAUCGCGGUCCAUAUUCAGGAUGUGGCCGAAGCACAUGUCAAGGCAUUGGAUCCGAAGAUCGCAGAUGGCUCGAAGUAUUUGCUGGGUGGGAAGGUGGCCAGUUGGAAAGAUGUGGCUCACAUUGUGGGCAAAGAAUAUCCACAGGCUGGAGCUAAAAUCACACAGGACGUGCAAAACAUAAGCAUACCCUUCAACACCUCUAAGGCAGAAACUGAGUUGGGGAUGCAAUGGCGGCCAUUGGAAGAGAUGGUGAGGGAGGUGAUGGAUCAGCAGCUGGAGUUUCUGGGUUGA